AUGCAGUUGUCCAGCUACGAAAAUAUUACCCAAGAGAAUAUUAUCUUUAAUGAAGCCAAAGAGUACAAAGUCAAAGAUAGCAAGAUUAAAUACAAACGUAUCCCAAUUGAGGUCAAAUAUCCAAAUGGAAAGAAAGGAGCUUUAGUAUUAGAAACACCAGUUCUUUUUAGUUUUGGUGUUAAUGAAAAGAAAAAUCAAGAAACAAACAAGUUAGUAGGUUAUAGUAUUCCAGUAUGUCUUUGGGCUAAAGAUAGUGAGCCAAAUAAUAAAGAAAAAGCAUUUUUUGAUGUUAUUAACAAUGUAACAACUUUCUCCCAACAACAUUUAGAGAAUGAAUACGGUGCAGAUCUAGCAUCAACUCUAUUUCCACCAUUUUACUACAAACAGAUAGAAUAUACAGAUAAGAAAGGAAAGAAGAAAACAAAAAAAGAUGAAUCAUCCUCACCAGUUCUUUACGCAAAACUUAUUUACUCAGAAAAAUCAAAGAAAAUUUUAUCUUUGUUUAAGGGAAAUGGAGGUAAAGAUUUAAAUCCUUUUAAAUAUAUUAACCAGUACUGCAAUGUUAAAUUAGCUUUGAUAAUUGAAGGAAUCUUUAUAAGUAAGACUGUUACAUCUUUACAAAUAAAAGUACAUGAGUGUUAUGUCAAACCACUAAAACCAAGAGAGGCUUUACUAACAAUUGAUGAGGAAGAGGAAGAGAGUGAAGGUGAAGAGAUAAGUGAUCAAGUACUUGAAGACUUACUUUUAUCUGAUAAAGAAGAAAAUGAGUAG